UAUCUAUGCCAAUUGCUUUCUGGGUUUUUAUGCCAUUCGAGAUUUUCAUAUCAUGAAUUGUCGAUCACAAGUCUUCUGAUUACGUUUUUAGUCUUGAAAACGGUUAUUUGGUUCUGUCUUAAAAUUUGAUUUUUCUUUUGGGGACUGAUUCAUUGUUUUUUCAUCUAUUGAAUUCUUAUUGGCAAUUACAAUUCUCUUUCAAAUUUUGAAGUUUUGAUUUAGGGGUGUUUUGAGAAAUGGCUUUUGUUAAAGUGACAUAGAACUUACGAAUUGUUUCUCUCUAUUUUUUUAUUUAUUUAUUUAUUUAUUUUGGUGUGUGUGUAUGAUGAUUUUGAAGUAGGGUUUUAGGUUUUGCUGCUAUUUGCUCCACAUGCUUUUUUGUAGGUUCAGGGGUUUUUGGUAGUUUCAAUUUUUGAUUAGCCCUUAAUUUUCCCCUUUCAAAUUAAUGUUAUUUUCUUCAGCCAGACAAUGGCCAAACUUAAAAGAGUCUAAUACCAAUGAUUUUUCUGGUUUAUGCGUGUCUUCUUGUUCAAUACUUGAAACAAUUAGAGAAGGCUUUGCAAGUAUGGAAUAUUGUCUUAUUUUCAAAAAACAAAGGUAGAUAGUAUUUAUAUUUGUUAUAGCAUAUGGUGCAAUUUUUUUUAGUCAUGGCAUCUGGAAGAGGGGACAUGAUUAGGGUUUUGAUUCCAACUUGCAAGCCAUAUACAUUUGAGAUUCAUGAAGAAAACCUAUUAAGUGGGAAACCCAUAGAUUAUGAAGAUCACUUGCCCUUGGUUCCUAUCCAUAUUGUCACCCAUGCAUCUCAACUUCCUCCUCAGUUCUUGGAGCCCUCUCUUGAGAGGCAAUUGGUGAUUGGUUUUGACUGUGAGGGUGUUGACCUUUGUCGUAAUGGAACUCUUUGCAUCAUGCAGCUUGCCUUUCCAGAUGCUAUAUAUUUGGUUGAUGCUAUACAGGGUGGAGAGACACUUAUGAAAGCCUGCAAACCUGCACUUGAGUCUAGUUACAUCACCAAAGUUAUUCACGAUUGCAAACGAGAUAGUGAGCAGGCAUUGUAUUAUCAAUUUGGCAUCAAGUUGAACAAUGUUGUGGAUACCCAGAUUGCUUACUCUAUGAUAGAGGAGCAAGAAGGACGGGCAAGAUUGUCAGAUGACUACAUAUCAUUUGUUGGCCUUCUUGGAGAUCCACGUUAUUGUGGUAUAUCUUAUGUCGAGAAACAAGAAGUUCGCGUCCUUCUAAGGCAGGACCCUAAGUUUUGGACAUACAGACCAUUAUCUGAACAGAUGGUCCGUGCAGCUGCAGAUGAUGUUCGUUUUCUUCUCGCUAUAUACCAUAAGAUGAUGGAGAAAUUGAAUCAACGAUCAUUAUGGUAUCUUGCAGUUCGUGGUGCAUUGUAUUGUCGAUGCUUCUGCGUCAGUGAUGAUGCUUAUGCAGAUUGGCCAUCUCUCCCUACUGUUCCAGAUAAUCUUAUCGUGGAGGGUAUUGCUCCUGAGGAAGAAAUCCUAUCGGUUUUGGAUGUUCCCCCUGGAAAAAUGGGACUUGUUAUCGGAAGAAGAGGAGCUUCUAUCUUGGCGAUAAAGAAGUCUUGCAAUGCUGAGAUAUUCAUUGGAGGCAACAAGGGUCCAGCUGACAAGGUAUUUAUCAUAGGACCAGUGAAGCAGGUCCGGAAAGCAGAAGCAAUGUUGAGAGGGAGAAUGCUGGAAAUGUAUUGAGAACUGUAUUCUGUAUUACUCUCUCUUCAACCUGGACUCUAUAACAAUAACAAUAAUAACUAUAAUAGUAAUAAUAAAAUAAAGAAGGUUCCAAAUCAGGUUUGGUGUUACAGAUUUCCAGUCCUCUGUUACAUUAGCUACAUGUCAGUAAUGUACAUAUAUAUAUAUUGCCGAUUGGUUGAA